AUGGUAAAGCCCUAUAGGAAAGAUUGGAGCACUAGAUUAGGGAAUGCCUUGUGGACCUACCGAACUGCCUAUAAGACUCUAAUAGGCAUGAGUCCCUUCUGGUUGGUCUAUGACAAUGCUUGUCAUCUCUCGGUUGAGAUAGAGCACAAAGCCUAUUGGGCAAUUAAGGAGUGCAACAUGAGGUUGCAAAAGGCAGGUGUAGAAAGGAAGCAACAAUUGGAAGAUUUAGAGUGUUUGAGGUUGGAGGCUUACGAUAAUACCCGCAUAUACAAAGAAAGAACUAAAGCAGUGUAUGAUCGGCAUAUCAAGAGGAUAGAAUUCUGA